AUGCCAAAAGGAGGAGAAAUCGGACGAAAACAGUCCGUACUGAAAAAAAAUUGUCAAAAAAGGAAAUCAAAAUUCAAGGGAGUCCAAAAACAAAAGAAAGUGCCUAUGGAACUGGCGAGAAACGCUGCUACUGAAAUCACGUUUGUCGGUGAAGAUGACGUUGUGAGUGAACAGAUUCCACCGCCUGCUGCUUCGGCUUCUCUGAGAAAAAUUGGUGCUGAAUACACAGAAAGCUCUUCCGAUGAAAGUAUAGAUCCAAAAGGUGAGAUACCAGAAGGAUACCGUCUUGUGUCCAUGGAUAGUCUCAAAGAAUUUGCCAGAAGGAUUCAUUCAAAUUCGCAAUGUGUUCUGGUGAGAUCAUCAUUUUCAGUUAUUUUUACUUUCGCAAUUCUCAUAGUAUAUAUCGUAAAACGUGCUUAUAUUGUUGCUUUUCUCGUCCGGCGUCGUCAUCACUUAGUUAUUUUCUUUAUUGUUGUUGUUGUAGGCCAUCUAGAACUUCGAGAAAUAAGUACAAGCCGAUUUGGCCUCAGCAGCAACAUAUAUGCUAUUUGUGAUGACUGCGGUCUGACGGAAUUUCUGGGUACUGGUGAACAUAAUUCCUUAGGCCCUAGAACUGUGCAAGGGAAGGAUGUAAAUCGCCGAGUGGUUUAUGCUGCCAGUGAAAUGGGGAUUGGCACGUUGUCUUCCAGGCUUUAUACCCAAAAAUGCAAAUGAGUCUGUGAAUUCAUUAGUGUGGAUUAAGUGCCCAAAGCACAAAUGGCAUGGUAAGGGCUGGGUUAGCUGUUGGGGCUGACACCAGAAAGGAAAGCAGCAGAAGAGACUCUGGGCGAAUUAUAAAGGCUGAAAAAAGUAUCCAGGAUCAGCAUAAAAAAUACAGAGUUGCUCGCAGACAAGCAAAGCAAAGAGACGAGGAACAACGGCGACAAAAGGAGGGCACAACAUACAGUGCCGGUGCUUUCAAUAAACUGAUUGUUGCCACAGAACCAGCAAGAAAGAGAAAAAAGAGAUAG